AUGGCGCACAAUCAACCAAACCCACGGCAGAGCCUCCAACAGCAACGGCAGCAAGUCCUUCCAGAUGAUGAACGGUCAUCCAUCCCGCCCCUCGCGUCAGACGCCAUGGCCAUCUUUAUGCCCAUCGAGGGCGACAGCAUGAUCGCGCCCUUCAACCCACCCUGGUCCGAGGUCGAGCGUCUGCAGAACAAGAUCGAGGACAUGGAGCCCCACGCCGCCCGCGUGAAGAAGAACAUGAAGGACCUGUACAAACGCGAGUGCCUGCGACUCUACCAAGAAGCCCGGAUCGAUGAACGCAGGCAGAAUGGCGCCAUGAAGGACACGGCGUACCCGGUCAAUGCGCAGCACAGGGAAGAGGAGCUGAAUCAGGCCAUCGCCAACAUGUCGGCGCCAGCCAACUUCCGGGGGGUAAGUACACCCGCCGUCUGCAGAAUGGCGCCGCCCGACUUUGGGGCGGAUUUCUCCGUGCGUGGUCGAUCGAGGGAACAGUGGACUACCGACAUGGAAAGGACUAUCAGUCAAGGGCUGGUAAACCUCCGUGGGUACGACGAGCACAACCGAAGUCAGAAGGAGAGGUACACAAAGAUGUUGGAAGAUGAGAAAAGCGUCGCAAUGGACCUGGACUGA